AGGCGCGUGCCCCGGUUCAGUAGCAUUGGGGCUGGCGCGCUCGGCAAAUCUUACCGGUGCACCGUUUGUGGGCGCUUCUGGGCCAGCAGUUUCCCUGUCUUCCACCCUGGCGCCUCCUAGUCCUGGAUCCCCGGCCUCGCUGCCCCAGGCGUCCACGCCCUGCGGGCUCAGCGGGCUCAAUCUGCGCAGCGCCUCCUCCAUGUUGAGCAAACCUCUUCAGGGGCUCGCUGUGGCCCCCGUGACCCCCACGCCGCCGCCAGGAGGCAAGGAUCGGGAAGCGUUCGAGGCCCAGUACCGACUUGGCCCCCUCCUGGGUAAGGGGGGCUUUGGCACGGUCUUCGCAGGACAUCGCAUCACAGACCGACUCCAGGUGGCCAUCAAAAUGAUUCCCCGGAAUCGCGUGUUGGGCUGGUCCUCUGUGUCGGACUCAGUCACGUGCCCACUGGAAGUGGAACUGCUAUGGAAGGUGGGGGCAGGUGGUGGACACCCUGGUGUGAUCCGCCUGCUUGACUGGUUUAAGACACCAGAGGGCUACAUGCUGGUCCUCGAGCGGCCUCUGCCUUCCCAGGAUCUCUUUGACUACAUCACAGAGCAGGGCCCGUUGGGUGAAGACCGAAGCCGCUGCCUCUUUGCCCAGGUAGUGGCAGCUGUUCGGCAUUGCCAUGCCCGUGGAGUUGUCCAUCGUGACAUCAAGGAUGAGAACAUCCUGAUAGACCUCCGCCGGGACUGUAUCAAACUCAUUGAUUUUGGUUCUGGUGCUCUGCUUCACGAUAAACCCUACACUGACUUUGAUGGGACAAGGGUUUACAGCCCCCCGGAGUGGAUCUCUCGUCACCAGUACCAUGCACUCCCAGCCACUGUCUGGUCACUGGGUAUCCUUCUCUAUGACAUGGUGUGUGGGGACAUUCCCUUCGAGAGGGACCAGGAGAUUCUGCAGGCUGAGCUUCACUUUCCUGCCCAUGUCUCCCCAGACUGUUGUGCCCUAAUCCGCCGGUGCCUGGCCCCCAAACCCUCUGCCCGACCCUCACUGGAGGAGAUCCAGCUGGACCCCUGGAUGCAGACACCAGCCGAGGAUGCACCCUCCAGCACCCCUCAAGGGGGUCCCACUUCUUUGGCCUGGUCCCUGCUGCCCUAGUUGGGAUGGCCAUCCCAUGGCCAUGCCAAAGGGACAGAAGGACAUCUGUUGACCUGGUUUUACAGGCCAUCAAAAAUCCAGUGUUAACUAGGGUCAGUUUGGGGAUCAGGGGUCAGAAGACAUAAACCAAGUCUGCCCAGCCCCCAUCCCAGUUCUGCUAAGGAGCCCUCCCAGAAUUUACGGUUUCUUAUCUGGAGGGGAGGACUUCUUGCUUCUCAUUUUGCUAAGGAUGUUUACUUGGUUGAAGUUACUUCCCUUCGGAGUCCCAGGACUCUUAUUCUGAAUUGUUACAACCCUUACAUGGGCACCUCCUGCUACCACCACACAAACUUAGUUCAAAUGCUCUAACUUGGGCAAGGGUGCUUUCCUUCAAUACCCCAGCAGCUUUUAUUUUAGUAAAGGGACCCUUUCCUCUAGCCUAGGGUCUCAUAUUCAGUCAAGCUGCUUGCCUACCUCAGCCCAAGGUUGCUUACUCUGGGGGAGGUAAUGCCCUAUUGUUACCCCAGGGCUUAAGAAGAUUUUUUUAUUUUAUUUUAUUUUAUUUUUUGGUGAGGGGGACCCUACUGUGUUAUUCUAAGUGCUCUUAUUCUGGUGAGAACCCUACUUCCAUAAUUUGGGAAGAAAUGGGAGAUGGAUACCACUAAAGUCCACUAGGGUGGAGGGGUGUGUGUUUUGGGGUAAAUGGGGUAGGGGAAAUAAGUCUUGUUGUUUGUUCACUUGGGGCCUCCCCCAUCUUUUUUGGAUUCUUGCUGCCUCCUUCUGAGCCAGGAUUGUCCAGUUGCUGAAAUGUAAAUACUUAACGUAUUGGGGAAAGGGAGCUCCAAAUAUGUCAUCCUCUCCCUUCUCCCCCUGCCUGGAUUAUUUAAAAAGCCAUGUGCGGAAUCCCACUAUUUAAUAAACGUUAUA